UGCAUGGAGGCAACCUGUGGUGAAACUUCCAAGUAACUCGUGUUGUUCGGUGCAUUUGGGGACACGCUGUACCCAAUGAAUGAGCAGUUACUCUGACGAUACUGCCGAGCGCUGCCGGUCGACACGCCCCCAGCAUGGAUACAACCAGCAGGAACAGCCUGGCGCUCAGGAGACACUCACUAUGCUGGAGAGUGUUUGAAGCCGCGAUGGGAGUUAACACAUCCAACUUUGUAGAGGUCCUGUCACCAGCGUCGUUGCACUAAACAAAGACUUUGGGUUUCUUUAAUUUUUUUUCUCCGUGGUGGCUUGUCUGCAUUUUUGUCCGAGGCGUUUCUCUCACAGGAUGUUGAUGAUAUUGAAAAGCCGGGUAAGAUCAUAAAGUCAGUUCUCUCUGAUGAGAACGACCUCCUCCUCACCACCACCGCACAAAGGGAACCACGGAACAAGUUUUUUCUCACGCCAUCAUUUUAUUUUAUUUUUGAAUGUCAUUAAGAAGCAGAGGGGGCUGUUUCAAAGACAAAAUGGAUCACUUUGCUGCAGAGUGCCUUGUUUCAAUGUCCAGUCGUGCAAUUGUUCACGCUCCUAAAGGGAAUAGGGAGAUUAAACCAGAAACCCCGUCCUCCUCCAAGAACGGAGAGGAAAUUAAAGAACCUUUGGUGAAAGAUAACUCCUCUCUUUUUGUGGUUGCGCGGAUUCUGGCGGAUUUUAACCAACAGACUCCCAACAAUGUUGCCGAGCAGGCAAAAAUAAAGGAUGAGAGCAUGCCGAACCUCAUAGAUGAUGGAAACUCUGCCACACCUACCACCAUCUCCGAUCCUUCGCUCAAACAAAGAGGCAAAAGAUCGCGAGGUCGAACUGAGCAAGAAUCACCUCAGAAAAAGCACAAAUGCCACUAUUCAGGUUGUGAAAAAGUUUAUGGCAAAUCAUCCCACCUCAAAGCCCAUCUAAGGACACAUACAGGAGAACGGCCCUUUCCAUGUACCUGGCCCGACUGCAGUAAGAAGUUUGCCCGCUCUGAUGAGCUGGCCCGCCACUAUCGCACCCACACGGGGGAGAAGAAGUUUGGGUGCCCGCUUUGUGACAAGCGCUUCAUGCGCAGCGACCACCUCAUGAAGCACGCCCGGCGACACUCAGAUUUCCAGCCAGGCAUGCUGAAGAGACCCCAUGGCGGCAACGGUGGCAGCACCACACGUCCCAGCUCCCUCAGCGACUACAGCCGCUCGGAUGCCUCCAGCCCCACCCUCAGCCCCGCCCUCAGCCCAGCCAACUCGCCUUAAACUGAAACCCAGUCGCACUUUCUGCCUCUGACCUGCGAGGCCUGUGUUUUUGUCAUAACCCCCUCCCCUUUGCUAUUCCUGCGCUUGCUGUGGUGUACCAUACUGUACAUAACUGCUUAUUGUAGUGCAAUUACUUGUGAUCCUAAAAGAAGGUAAUGCCUUUCCCAAAUGGCAAUAUUUACAUUCUGUACCAUAUGUCUGUAUUUUUUUAGCUUCGGAUCAUGGCUAGUUGUCCAAUAUGUGUUCGCAGUCAGCUGAACAAGGUUUAGAAGAAAAAAUAACAGACACCCUGACAAGUCUUAUCAAAAAUGGGUUUUUCUUUGUUUUUUUUUUAACUGGUGAGGAGAAGGGGUUCACACACACCUCAGGAUUGAAGACAAUUGCUAUUUCUGUAAUACCACAGUACUUCACAGUACUCACAUUGACUGCACAAUAUACUCAUCACUUUACUCUGAAAAUUCAACAGGGGUUGAAUUUUACGCCCUGCUCAGGGAUGGCCUUGUUAGCUUGAAAGAAUGAACAUGGGGAAGAGAAACAUACAUUACAUAUAUAGCAGCCUUACACUCAACACAAUUUGCACUCUUUGUUUUUUUGUUGGUUUUCACGUCUCGAGAAAACUAGCCCUACGGUCAUGCGGUCAAUCGUACACAGAACGUGCUUUUGUUCUCGGAGGGUUCAUAUGUAAUGUAAUUGCUGUGUGUUAACAAAACAAUCCCCAAACCUCAACCUAAGUAAACUAAAUACAUCUGUUCCGCCACUGCAACGUUAAUAUUCAGUUGCCAUUACACUGGGUUAAAUAUGUAUUUCUUUAAACAGCGGUGUGCAGUAUAUACUGUGUAAAUCUGCAUUGUGGGAGGAUUAUAUUGGGUUAACAGUUUUUAUAAGUAUACUCAGUUGAAGAAACUUUAGAACCUUUAAAUAGAGACAGUUAAGUUUCAAAGCAGCUGUUUAUACUUUUUAAAGCGCUGUAUCAUCACCCAGUAUUUCACACAAAAUGGACACAAAGGGACUUUAGUUGAAACAAUGUUUAUCCCUCUCUGAAGCACAUAGGAAAAAGUACCAAAGACAAGAGUGAAUGAAAGCUUUCUAUUCAAUCUUGUAAGCCGCCCUUCAUUGAGGCCUGGGGCUAGUGGUUGGCAGUAUCACAGGUAGAACCAGACAGCCGGCUCACUUCCCUCCUCCUGGCUCCUCCUUUUGUGGCCUCCCUUGAGGAAACAGCUGCAUCCCACAAGAAGCUCUUCACAGCCCGCAGGAGGAGCGCUAACAUGCCAUUCCUGGGGAGUUCUCCCUCGCCCAUCUGGCUCUACCUGUCCUGUCAAAGAGUGGUUAAGCUCCAACUCUGCCAAAUUGCAUAAGGUGGCCUAACUUGGGUGGGGUCAAGUGUAGGUCAGAGUGUUGGGCAGAGCCGGGCUGUUCUGCGACAUGGACACAGAGUGAACAAAGCAGCUAUCUGCAACAGACAUGCAAGAGAGGGGAGGUCCUGAUAAAAAGAGGAGAGGUUUAUCAUGAGCUGAGCAGCACAGAGUAGGAGACACCCCCAUCUCCUUCUCCGACUCCCCUCCUCCCUCCAAACUGUAGAAACCGUGAGCAGAAAAAUGGCUGUAAUUAGUGGGUUGAUCCAACCUGUAGGAUAAGAGUAUAAAGAGAAGUGUAAGAACAACAGUACUACCUAGACAACGCUAGCAGUGUGGGUGGGACGCACCCAAUUCCAUCCUAAGCACAGGGAGAAAUCCUCUACUACUGCUGGAGAGUCAAAUUUCACAAUGCCAAGGAAAAUGUCGCUCCAAAUGUACGCUGAUAAACCAGAGCCCUCAAACAGCUGCUUUCAAACUUCUAUCUCGCAAAAAAAUGGGGGGGGGGACUUUUAAACUGUUGUAAAAACAUUUGAACCAAAACGAACAUAUCAGCAAAGUGCAGUUUCACCAGCCUCACAUCGUCCUCCCUGUGAAGCUCAGAUGUCCUGUGAGAAAGCUGACUUGUGUUUCUAGACAGACAUGCCUCAAUAAGUCAGGCAAAAGGCACAGUAAACCUUCCAUGGAAGCGGGCACCACUAUCAAAACUGCUGCAGCCCCGCCAGUCUGUGUUAUGCCUACAUUUUCUGUUAAUGCUUCAGCACUACGGCCGGAAAUAGUUUCAUCCAUGUAUUUGGUCCUGUCAGACCCCUCCAGACUGUUGUCAUCAUGAAUUACAUGUGCUAGCUUCAUUCUACCAACGACUCUCACCCUGUAGUCCCAUGCUUCACACUAUGCAUGUUAACAACUGCGCCUCGGAAGCGCAGAGGGUUUUUGAGGCGGUCCGGCAGGUGUUAAGUUCAUGAAUGGCCGUCCUUGUCCCUCGUUCUCCACAGCAGCCAUCUCUCUUUAAAGUUGUGAAGAAUCAGCUCUGUCACAUCCUCCAGAAAGAAAACAUCCCUUAUUUAGAUCGAAUGCAGUAGUUUCCUCAAAACACCACGUUAAAAAACCCUCUGUAAGAUGUUAAAAUAGUUUCCCGGCUGUAAAAUGACACUUUGAAUGCCACUGAUCAGCAGCUUUUUUUUUUUAAAGAAGCACUGAUAGGGUUUUACAUUUACCAUUUCUGGGGAAAAAAGCAACUUAGCAACUCAACUAGCUGUCGAGCUGCUUUUUGUGGUAUCUAUCCAUGACUCUCUUUUUGUUAUAGUUAAGUGUAACUUUGUCUUGCAAAAAAAACAAACAUUUCUGAGUAGCUCACCCUCAAGCAGGUUUCAUGAAUCAAUUAUUAAUCCAUAAUCUGCACAUUUACCUCAGGGUCGACAUCUGCAAAUCAGAUAUGGGACAGUUUGUGGAUUUUGUUGUAACAUCAGUUGCUGCACAGAAAUGUCUGCCAGCUUCCCCCCCCGGUGUUCCUGGGUGCUUGGUGCUCACUGCUGGUCAGUGUCCGACCACACUGGAAACACAGGAAUGCCUCCGUACGAACUCCUGCCUAUAAUGUCUUCAUAACAUCCUACAGUCUAUACUAUAUUGCGCCUUAGUAAGCACUGGGCACUCUGAAGCUCUUUUCAGUGAAACGCCCCUUUAAACACCGUUGACCCUUAGUGUCAGUGGACUUACAGUAGGCCACACAAAGCUCCUACCAUCUGAACAUAAACAGACUGUGACAGUAUAAGCAUCCCAAUCCAUCCAGACUGCACCAGUGACAUAUAGGCCUCCACAGGCAUGAGUGUUUCAUAACUUUUAUUCUCACUGUACCAAAUCUACUUGAAUAAUUCAACACAAAAGGCCAUUGAACACAGUUUUGUACAUGUCCAUUUUUACUGUACCUGCUUUUAUUGUCAAAUAAUUAUUGACCUCUCCGGAGAAAGAAAUGUCUGAUUUAUUUUAGUUUUUUUUACUAGAUUUUCCGUUGUCUUCAGGUCAUUUCAGCAACAUUUUCAGAUAUAUCACAGCAUUAUGGUUGACUGUUUUUGUAGGGCUGUUCAAAGGCUACAUAUUUUGUUGAAAAACAAACUAUUCAAUUCCUGUUAAUGGGGUUUACCCCUUUAAUCAGAAACUCUUAUUACUCUGUUGAUGUCAGGAUGCAGGUUAUUCUAGGUAGCCUGUUAUCCAAAAAGUCAGAAAACGAAAGGAUUGUUUGGGGUGACAAUAAGAAAAGGAAACCUCCUGACCUCGAUGUUCAACAAUUUCAGAUGGAGUGACUCAUUUUCUUUAUUCUUUUGAUUCUUUUUGAACGUUUUCCAUAAGAAUAGAGACCACAGCAUUGUGAGUUAGCAAUGUAGUCAUACUUUUUAUUAUUGCUUUUUUUGUCUCGUAUGAAAUGCUUGUAUAUUUUUUCAAAGAAAAUCAUACCUCUUGAAAUAUUGGACUUUUGUUGUACCUUCAUAUCUUUUGAAAACAUCCAUCAUGUAGCUUCUGUUUGCUUGAUGAGUAGCACAAAUAGUUUUAUUUGUCCCUACUUGAAUAAGGAAGGAAAGAAAAAAUAAUUUUUUCUGUAAAUAAAACAACAAGAAAACACUGGGCUACAUUUUAUAUAAGUAUCCCAUGUUGUCAGGGUCCUGCACAUCUUUGUAGAUUCAACAAGUAAUAUUUCCAGGAAAUAAUAAAACCUUAUUUUUUAUCAUUUUAUGUUACAAAAACACUUCUUCUCUACCGGGCUCAAUUUGUUAGUUUAGACAUUUAAAUAUGUGAGGGAUGAUGUCAGCUGUAAAUUACUUUAAAACUCCACUUCAGCAUUUUUUUAAUCCAACUUUACGAUUGUAAUCCCGGUAAGAUUACAGCUUUCAACAUCUGUCAGAGAAAAAAAGGACUUUAAACAAUGACUAAAUGGAAAUACAAGGUUUCUAUAAAAUGAAAACAUUGUAAUGUUUUUGGUAAUAUUUUUUCUGCUAAUUAUAAAAAAAUAUAUUACAUUGAAUUGGUUGUUGCAUAGUAUGUAAAGAACAUUAACAUUAAUCUUAUUUUUAAAAAUUCAUAUUAAUUACAUAAAUAUAUCACUGAUCAGAUCGUCUCAUCUUCAUGACUGGUCUCAGCGUACAAGCAUGAUCGACGCAAUUGUGUGCCAAAACUAUAAUGGUAACUUCAUAAAGAUACAAAAAUUGAGGGUAAAAAAACAAAACAACCUAGCUACUAUCAGACAUUUAACAGACUUGUACAGUUUUAUAAAGUGUGAUGUUUUUUAUGUAAUGUACAGGAUUUAAUGAAGCAACUCUGCAUAUUUGAUAUGCAAGUGCUCUAAGUUAAAUAUUUCUUUUCUGCUUUAUGUAAACAUUUUUGAUUGUGUAGCUUUGUUUUCAUUUGGUUCUUGUUAUUUAAUUUUUAUUUCUUUUUUUUUUUUUGCUGUACAAUACUCAAGCAAUGUAUAAUGGCUUAUUACAGGUAUUUUUUGACAUAAACAAUCUUAAUGACGCCCAACCAUUCCAAAGGAUUGAAAAUUGCAUUUGCUAUAAAUGUGCUGCUUACAUGGACCCGAUGCAUUUUUGUAGGUUAUGAAUAGAAGUCUGUCUUGACUGUGAGUUUUUACACGUUGUGAGUUGUGCACAAGGUACGUUUCUCAUUGUCAACAUUUCCCAGGUUAAAACUCUCCUUUCUCCUCUGCAGGCUCUUUGUGUAGGCUAAGCCAAUUGGAAUGAACAACAAACAUGCAAUAUUUGAAACUAUUAUAAUAUAUAAUAUAUAAAAGUUAAGGACACACAGAGCAUGUCUUCCCUCAUGACAAAGGCCUGUGGCUUGGCGGAUAAUGUUGUAAGAGGGGAGAGAGUGGUUCUUGAGCAGUGAGAAGGAGCUUUGAGUUCUCGCAGGUCAUCAGAGGCUCAACAGUUACAAGUUGUUACCAAAGGCUUUGAAGGGAAAGAUGAAUGUUGGAGUAAUUUUGAACCCAAACCAGUUUGGACCCCUGGGUUCAACUUUAUAUGCUGUAAAUGUUGAUCAAUGGAUGUUGUGCUUAAGGACCUUUUUCUACGUCUCAAAUAAGCAACUUUGUUUUCUUUCUUCUUUUUGUUUUGAAAAUGAACUUGAAUGAACAAAACCUGUUUGAUCAUACGAGCAAACUAAUUCUGACUGAGUAAAAAGACGAGAAACAAAAGAAACUGAGUUAGUAGGAACGUGCAGCGUAGCAGACCACAUCUGUCUGUACCCUUCACUGACCAUGUGGUCUUGCUUGACUGCCUGAACUGACGCUGUGUGGCGUUUGCUCUUUACUGUAGAAAUGCACACUGACAAAAAGUUGUUUGCUCAAGCUUUAGACAUAUUUACCCUUAAAGGAUAAGUGUGUUCUAGGUUAUGUAGCACGGUGCUGUGAAUGACCUCCCUUUAAUUACAAAGAGAGAGCCUCUCACCAGCCUUUUGGUUCUGUUUCCUUUACCCGUUUGUCCUCAGUGUACCUCCUCAGUGUAAUGUUGCUCUCUUGAUACCUCUGUGUGUUUUCCCUCUGCCCAUCACCAUCAGUUGCCUGUUGUAGUGACUCCAUGGUGCUGCUUCCCCUUUCAGCACCAGUAUAAUCUAAUCUGUAAAUAACUCUCGACUCAGCUAUGGCCAGUACAUUCUCCUAUGACCUCACUCUAACCUUCAGGUGUCAUUUUGUUUUUUUCUCUCAGCAAACCAAAAUCACUACAUUCAAGUAUUACAGUUGUACAGUUCCUUGGAUUCCUCACGCAUUCAAUGUGCUGGUCUUAGCUGCUCUGCUGUACCUUUUUAUGGCAUUAUUUUUUACAUGUUAGACAAUAUAUUGUGACCAUGUCCUAUGCAAAUAUGAAAAAUAACAGAUUGUUGGAUAAUGUAUGUUGUCAUAACUUGUAUGCAUGAAAUAGUGAAGUUUACAUUUGGAAAUAAAUUCAUAAAAUAAGCAGCUA